CAUGGAGAAGAAAGCAUUCCUUAUUCUUGUGCUCCUAGGUUUUGCAUUACAAUUAUGUUCAGCCACUCUGUAUACUGUGGGUGAUAGUUCUGGUUGGGACAUCAGUACUGACCUCGAUUCUUGGCAAGAGUCCAAGACAUUUCUUGUUGGCGAUGUUCUUUUGUUUCAAUAUUCGUCUUACCAUAGUGUGAGCGAAGUGACAGAGCCAAAUUACAUGGCGUGCAAUGCGACCGAUGUACUACAAACUAGUAGUAAUGGGAACACAUCGUUCACUUUGACCAAUCCGGGCGACAGAUAUUUCAUAUGCGGCAAUCGGUUACAUUGUUUAGGAGGGAUGAAACUUCACGUACACGUUGUGAAUAAAGAAGAUCAAAUCGCCUCUUCGCCGGCUUAUGCACCCGAGGCCGAGUCCGGCGGUUCCCUGCCUCCCGGUUCGACAAAGAGCAACACACCUCUUUCAAAUUCAGCAAUGUCAAUAAUGUUCAAUCCUGUUGGAAUUGAUUUUGUGACUUUGACAUUACUCUUUGGGUUGUUUUCUUCCUUUUUUAAUGUUGCUGUUUUUUGAUCAAAGGAAGUAGGAGUAUGUAUUUUUUGUUUUUUUCCCUCUAGUGCUUCUGCUUUGGUUUGAAACAUUGAGUGUUGUUUCUUGGGCCCAAAUGGGGAUGAAAUUCGGUUAUGAUUUUCAUUGGACCUUGAUCUAUAAAAAUAAUACUUUGGGCUGUUAAAAUAUUAUACUUUGGGCUACUGAAAGGAGUUGAGGGCUUGGCCCAAAUUAAAGAGGAUAAUUAACAAGCGGAGGUUACAAUGGUAACUGUGUCAAAACUCGUAAUUUGGUGGAAUAAAAUCUUCCUCUUGUCCGCGCAGUCAUUUUCAG